ACUGACUGCACCUUCAAGAGGACUCCGUUUGGUGAGGCCAAUUGGAUCUUAGCAAGGGGGCACUAAGUGUGCCAGGAAUGGCCGGGUGUAAGUGCGUGACUCUGCUUCUCCUCCUACUCGGCGUGAUUCCCAUUGGCAGCAGGAAGAACUGGAGACGGCGUGGGCAGUCAGCGGUACCCAGCAGUCGUGAGAGAGGUGAUCGGGGAGGUGAGAGCUUCCCACUAGACUUCACUGCUGUGGAGGGAAAUAUGGAUAACUUUAUGGCUCAAAUCAAGAGUCUGGCACAAUCUCUCUAUCCAUGCUCUGCUCAGCGAUUGGAUGAGGAGAUGAAAUUACACCUCCUGCACAACCAAUCUGUGACUUGCAAUGAUGGCAGUCCUGCUGGUUACUACCUCAAGACUUCCGAAGGCAGCAAACGGUGGCUCAUUUUCCUAGAAGGGGGCUGGUACUGCAUCAGCCGGGAGAACUGUGACCUGCGUUAUGACACUAUGAGACGACUCAUGAGCUCCAAGGGAUGGCCAGCAACCAAAACUGCUGCUGGGAUUUUGUCCACUCAGCCAGAGGAGAAUCCUUACUGGUGGAAUGCAAACAUGGUGUUCAUCCCGUACUGCUCUAGUGAUGUGUGGAGUGGAGCUUCAUCCAAAGUAGAAAAAGGUGAAUAUGCUUUUAUGGGGUCGCUUAUUGUGCAGGAGGUGGUGAAGGAGCUUCUUGGGAAAGGUUUGGACACUGCUAAAGUCCUCCUGCUGGCGGGUAGCAGUGCUGGUGGGACAGGGGUUCUUUUAAAUGUGGACCUAGUGGCUGAGCAGCUGGAGGAGUUGGGAUACACCGGAAUCCAGGUCCGUGGUCUCUCUGACUCUGGCUGGUUCCUGGACAACAAGCAGUAUAGGAGGACUGACUGUGCCGACAUAGUCACCUGUGCACCCACAGAGGCCAUUCAAAGAGGAAUCAGGUACUGGAAUGGGGCGGUUCCAGAACGGUGUAAACAGCAGUUUAAAGAAGGAGAGGAAUGGAACUGUUUCUUUGGGUAUAAAAUCUACCCAACGCUGAGAAGUCCGGUGUUUGUGGUUCAGUGGCUGUUUGAUGAAGCCCAGCUAACCGUGGAUAAUGUCCAUCUGAGUGGUCAGCCUGUGCAGGAGAGUCAGUGGCUUUACAUUCAAAACUUGGGCCGCGAGUUAAGGAGCACUUUGAAAGAUGUGGGGGCAUGCUUUGCGGCUGCUUGUCUAUCUCAUGAAGUCAUCACACGCAGUCACUGGACAGAGGUGCAAGUCCGUGGAACUUCACUCCCCCGUGCUCUGCAUUGCUGGGACCGUAGCCUGCAGGACACCCACAAAAACAGCAAGACCCCAAUCAAGGGCUGUCCCUUUCAUCUGAUGGACAGCUGUCCCUGGCCACAGUGUAACCCCACGUGUCCUUCUAUUCGAGACCAUUUCACGGGGCAGGAGAUGAGCGUUGUCCAGUUUCUAAUGCACCUUGGUUUCGAUGUACAGAAGAUGGCGAGCCAGCAGGGUUUGGAACCAGGCAAACUGUUGGGCAUGCUGAGCAGCUAGGGAAGGGGACUAUGCAGGGAAGGGGUUGGAUAUUUUUUUAUAGGGGAAAAGCCCAGAGGUUUCUGGCAUUCCAACGUGAGCUGUUUUAAUGGGUAGGGCCUGAUAGCAAAGGAAAGGUGUAUUGGAAGUAACUUAAGACAAAGAAAAGGGUCUUGUUAGCUUUAUGGUGAAGGGGGAGGGUCCUGAUAAUAUUGGGUCACAUUAAAAGGGUGAUAUAUUAUUAUAAACUACUUGCAGAUACACUUAAACGGUACAGUAUGAUCUUCCCUUUAAAAAUGUAUCCCAACCUAACAGGGCUGUUUUAUCACUUUGCUUGGUAUAAUUGGGUUAGUAUGGGAAGUUGAUUUUUAGAAAUGUUCAGAUGAAUGUUCUGGGUCCACAAUGCACAUCAUUUUAAAACCAUAAAAUGCUCUUCCUGGAGAGGAAGAUCCUUUUUUUUUUUAUUAUUAAUUUACAAAAUCUUCAGGACACUAUAACUUGUAUAUGAAUUCCGCACUUAGGUUAUAGGAAUAGUACUGAAGAAUAUUUUUAGGUGCAAAAUGUUUUUAAAAACAAUUUUAUAUCUACAGGUACAAAAUCCAGAAUUAUUCCGAAAUCCAGAACUUUUAUACGUUAAAAAAAAAUUACCAUUUUCAAAAUC